AUGGUCUUCUUCCUCAUUUCCAAAACGGCAAUCCAGUGCCUUGCUACCGUUUACCUCCAGAACUGCUCAAACAAGCCACAGUUUGAGAAGAAGAUGUCUGAUUACUUUCACGGCCAGAAAGGCACUGACAUGAUUUCUCACAAGAACGAUUUUGUGCAAGGACAGGGCAUCUAUGCCUCUCUUUGGGAAGUUGAUGAGAACCUGGGUGGCAAAUUCGUUCUGAGUUCAAUGUAUCAUCGCUUCAAUCAGAAGAUGGUACGAGGCCAGGGAAUCACCACACGAGUCCUUGAGGUCAAGAAGGUCAGGAAAGACCACGAUCCCAAUACUGAUACCACAUGUUAG